GAUCCACUUGGAAAUAAAUGUUUAGACGAAGUGCCACGACUUCAUAAUAUGAUUUCUUUUUAUAUAGCUAACGUGUAAUUGCCAUUCAUACUGUAAAUUUUCGACUCUCUAUCAUGUUCAAGAAUCCAAAAUGCACUCCUUCAUCCCCCCAGAAUCUCGCCUAGCACUUUCCCAGUUUAUUGACUUGCCAUCGCCGUGACUUCCCAGAAUUGAAAGAAGGAGACUAGCAAUGGCCGUCAUUGCCAUUGGACCUCUCACUGUGUAUCCUUCUUUCCUGUAGACGUUAAGUACCGACUAUAUAAGAGUAGACAAUUGCCCGUUUUCUUUGUUUUCCUCCAUCUCCUUUUCAUCAACUCGUCUCAAUACUAAUUUCUUCUUAUGCUAUUUCAUUCUCUACUGAGUGAAGGCUGAGCUUUGAUUGCCACAAUGCCAUUGUUGAAGACCACCUCGUCAUCGUUUCCACCGCCUCUCGCUGGUACCAGAGAUGCAUGUAUUUCACCACCCAGCAAAUUUUCGCCUCGCCGUUGCAAUUUAACUGGUCAAAACCAUCAUCGCAGUAGCGUGGAAUACUGUAUGCAGCGCGUUGUGAUAAAGUGUGAAAGAUCAUAUAUUAAGGUAAGGGUAGCCCGAGAAGCUGAGUUGCACAAAUCUCUGAGGCUUCGGCCGUUGAUGAACAUACAUAUCCCUGUUACGAAAUGCUUGGGCUACCCCAUACUUCUUUACAGAACCGAGCGAGCGAUCGAACGUCCAUAUCGAAAUCCUCAACCAAGAGAGAAUGCUUGAACAGCUCUUCGAACAAAAUUCGCCCAACCCGACGAAAACGUACCGGCCAAACGGGCUGGUGACUCUCUGACAAAGCAGGCUACAAUGAGAAAUACACUGUCGCUGGGAACAGGAGGUUGGAGGGAACAUUACCUCUCUCGAAAAGCCAUCGCCAACAAAACUAAGUGUUGUACCUAGCUUGCGACGACAUAUCGACUGUGAUUUGGAGGACAGCUUUGAAGAUAUCUUGCAGCAGAAGGGUGGGCCAUGGGAACUGAGGAAAGGUGUCAUAUCUAUGUAUUGUCCAAAAGUCAGCUUGUAUGGUCAAGAAUUCAAAGAUAUCAAUGUUUGAUUCGCA